AUGUAUCUCCGCCGGGCGGUUUCCAAAACCCUGGCUCUGCCCCUCCGGGGGCCCACGAGCCCCGCGCCAUUCCGAAAGGACGCCUCACUUCGCCAGAUAUCAUCUAACAAAUUUCCUGGCUCAUCUGGAUCAAAUAUGAUAUAUUAUCUGGUUGUAGGUGUCACAGUCAGUGCUGGUGGAUAUUAUACUUACAAGGCAGUCAGAUCAGAACAAACCAAACAUACGGAACACAUGACAAAUUUGAAAGAAAAAAACAAAGCGGAGUUACAUCCACUUCAAGGGAAGGAAAGCAAUUCCUCAGAGUCACAGAAAGCAAAUGCAGAAGUCCCUGAAGGAUCUGUAGCAGAAGCAGAGGUCGUCGGCACUGGAGAGAUUCCAGACUCAACAGAUGUGGUCGUAAAAGAGGAUUCAGCCUGUCCAGAAGGUAUGGACACUGCGCCAGUGGGGAUCGCAGCAGCUGUUACUGAAACUUGGCAAGAGGGCACAGAUGCACCCAUGGAAGAAACCACAGAAGUGGAUGCUGAAACAAACCCAGAGGUUACAAAGGCAGCUCUGUAUGAAGCUGCUGUCAGUAAUGGUGCUAAAGAUGUAACAGAGAAGGAAAGUUCUGAUGAACAUGCUCAACUAGAAGAAAAUGCCACAAUUGAGUUUGAAUCCUCCGCUGAAAAUGUUUUUCAGGAAGAAGAUGAUGUUGGUUCUGAGGCUGCCUCAGCUCAAGGCUAA